AUGGCUUCCAUGUCUAGAUUUGUAGCCAAGGACUGUAAUUUGCGCCCUUGUGAAGCUCUUUCCAGGCCAAGUGCUGGCUUGAACGUGAGGGGACUUAGAAACCAUUUGGACCUGAGAGGGACACUUAGUGUACCUGAUAAUGAAAAGUGUUGUUUGGCAAUCAACAAUAAACCAAGGGGUCCUGUUAUUGGUCUCUAUGCCCCUGCUUCGUUGCUUCAGCCUUCAAGAGGUUCAUACCCCAAAUCAGAUGUCGGUUUUUCCUUUGAAGGGAGCCUCAUGCCUUUAAUGCCUAUUUCUGUAAUCAAACUUCUUUAUUUUCUUUGCCUUUUGAAUUAUGCUUACUGGCACCCUUGUGUUAUGCCAAAAGUAGUUAUAUACAAGGCAGCAACAGAUGCAGCUGGAGAUGUUCCAGAAAGCAGUUCUAGUGGAAUGAACCAAUAUGAAAGAAUAAUCGAAACAUUGACAACUCUUUUUCCUGUUUGGGUCAUAUUGGGCACCAUUAUUGGCAUCUGUAAACCUGCUGUGGUAACUUGGUUAGAAACUGACCUUUUUACUCUUGGCUUGGGCUUUCUUAUGCUUUCAAUGGGAUUGACAUUGACUUUUGAGGAUUUCAGACGGUGUCUACGCAAUCCAUGGACUGUUGGUGUAGGAUUUCUAGCUCAGUACUUAAUAAAACCCAUGUUAGGUUUUUUUAUUGCUAUGACAUUGAAACUCUCAGCUCCUCUUGCUACUGGUCUUAUUUUGGUUUCUUGCUGCCCUGGAGGCCAGGCCUCUAAUGUUGCUACGUACAUUUCAAAGGGAAAUGUAGCACUUUCAGUUCUCAUGACAACGUGUUCAACGAUUGGGGCUAUUGUUAUGACGCCACUUCUCACUAAGCUUCUUGCAGGUCAGCUUGUUCCAGUUGAUGCGGCAGGCCUAGCUAUCAGCACUUUCCAGGUGGUUUUGGUGCCAACAAUUAUUGGAGUGUUAGCAAAUGAAUUCUUCCCCAAGUUCACUUCGAAGAUAGUCACUGUUACACCGUUAAUAGGGGUUAUUCUUACCACCCUACUUUGUGCAAGCCCUAUUGGACAAGUUGCAGAGGUCUUGAAAUCUCAAGGAGCACAGUUACUAUUUCCUGUGGCUUUACUACAUGCGGCAGCAUUUGCUCUGGGUUACUGGAUUUCAAGAAUAUCAUUUGGGGAAUCAACUUCUCGUACAAUUUCCAUAGAAUGUGGAAUGCAGAGUUCUGCACUUGGAUUCUUACUUGCCCAGAAACAUUUCACAAAUCCUUUGGUGGCAGUCCCUUCUGCUGUAAGCGUUGUUUGCAUGGCGAAAAUCAAAAAACUUGUUCUGCAUGAAAAGAAUAGGAGUGAGCUUGGUGGGAGUGCUCUUGCAGUCUAUUGGAGGAACCAGCCUAUUCCUCUCGAUGACAAGGAUGACUUCAAGGAAUGA